AAUCACACAUGCAUAUACGCAUUCUCUCUCUCUAUUUGUAUUUGUGCUUCAUAGAGUUCAUGACAUAAACAAAAAUGCAGCAAUUUUCUUUGUUGAUAUGUGAAAAGAAAUAUUAAAAUCAAUAAAUAGACUCCAAAUUCAUGCAUAUGAAUACAUUCUGGGCUCCAUAAACUUAAAUAUAUAUUAUCUAGUCGUAGCUGCUCGAAAGCACACUUCAUCAAUUGGGAAUUCUAAAGCGUUUUGCUCCGCUGGAGGAUCGCGUUUGCUAGGGGUGAAUUAAAGCACAGUUGCGUGGAGGUUAAAAGAACUGAUUGACGGAGGACCAUGAAGAGGUCUGGAGAUGAAUUGCAUAGGAGUCCUAAUAGCAGGCGUCCAAUCAGCUCUUCUUCCCAUGCUGAAGGUGAGAUUAAUCGCUGAUUAUCAUUUUUUGAAUCGAAAAUUGUUGAACCCCUGAAUGAGCUUUACUGGAGGAAGUUAUAUUUAAUUCUUCAAAGCUAUUCGUCAGGUCUGGACAGCCCCAAAUGAUGAGUGGAAGCAAUGCACAGAAGCUAACAACGGUUGAUGCCCUUGCAUACCUCAAGGCCGUGAAAGACAUCUUUCAAGACAAAAGAGAGAAAUAUGACGAGUUUCUUGAAGCCAUGAAAGAUUUCAAGGCUCAAAGAAUUGACACAUCUGGUGUCAUAGCAAGGGUGAAAGAUCUAUUUAGAGGGCAUAGAGACCUAAUUUUGGGUUUCAAUACCUUUUUGCCGAAGGGAUACGAAAUCACUCUUCUGCCAGAGGACGAACCGCCCCCUGUGAAAAAACCUGUUGAGUUUGAUGAAGCAAUUACUUUUGUUAACAAGAUAAAGACUAGAUUUCAAGGUGAUGGUUAUGUAUAUAAAUCUUUUCUGGACAUUUUGAAUAUGUAUAGAAAAGAAAGUAAGUCUAUCUCAGAGGUUUACGAUAGGGUUGCCUCUCUUUUGCAUGAACACCCUGACUUGCUUGAGGAGUUCACCCAUUUUCUACCUGACACUUCUGCAGCCACCCGCAUUCAUUAUCACUCCAAUAAAACACUUGCUUUGCAGUGGGAUGAUAAAAUCUCUCCCUUGACACGGGGAAGACCCUUAAAUGAUGAAAAGAAGGUCAUUGCUUCACAUGCCGAUUAUGACCUUAGUGAGGAUCGAUCUGACCCAGAACAUGAGAAAGCAAUGCUUAGAGUUGACAAAGAGCGAUACAGACUUAUGGAAAAAGAAAAAAUAGACAAAGAACAAGAUGAGAAAAGGACAGAUAGGAAUUUAGUAACAGAUAAUUUCCAUCAAGGAUCCCUAUGGAAUGAUGGGAAAGUUCAUAAACCUGUGAAACCUGAGAGGGAUAGAUAUCGAGACCGCCCAUGGGAAGACAGAAAUAAGGAUUGUGAUACCAGGGAACAGGAGAGACAUGACAGAGGUGUUGCUAUUGGAAGUAGAGAUUUACAAGGGCGGAAGAUACCUUUUUUGAGCAAGGACAAGUAUAUGGAAUGUCCAAUACAUGAACUUGACCUCUCUAACUGUGAGCAUUGCACUCCAAGUUAUCGGCUCCUUCCAGAAAAUUAUCCAAUUCUGAUAGCAAGUCAGAGAACAGAGUUAGGUGCUCAAGUAUUGAAUGAUCAUUGGGUGUCUGUAACUUCUGGAAGUGAAGAUUACUCUUUCAAACAUAUGCGGAAAAACCAGUACGAAGAGAGCUUGUUUCGAUGCGAAGAUGACAGGUAUGAACUGGAUAUGCUAUUAGAGUCGGUGAAAGUGACGACAAAACGUGUAGAAGAAGUGCUAGACAAGAUAAAUGAUAAUACGAUAAAUCUUGACAAUGCUUUUCGUAUUGAAGAAUAUUUUACAGCCCUUAACCUAAGAUGCAUUGAACGACUGUACGGUGAUCAUGGACUUGAUGUCAUCGAUGUGUUAAGGAGGAGUACCCAUCUUGCAUUGCCAGUCAUUCUAUCCCGCUUGAAGCAGAAACUAGCAGAGUGGGAACACUGUCGUUCUGAUUUUGAUAAAGUUUGGGCUGAAAUUUAUGCCAAGAACCAUCACAAAUCACUGGAUCAUCGCAGCUUUUAUUUCAAGCAGCAGGACUCGAAGAACUUGAGUACUAAAGCCUUGCUGGCCGAAGUCAAAGAAAUCAGUGACAAAAAAUGUGAAGAGGAUUAUGUGCUGUUAUCUAUUGCUACUGGCAAUAGAUUGCCAAUUAGUCCCCAUAUGGAAUUCACAUUUGCUGAUUCUGCCAUCCACCAAGAUCUGUUCCGGCUCAUUAAACACUCAUGUGAGGAAGUAUGCAUCACCGAACAGCUUCAUAAAAUUAUGAAGGUUUGGGUAACUCUCGUAGAACCAAUGCUUGGUCUUCCUCCUUGCUCUCAAGGUGAAGAUGAGGGAAAGGACUGUAAUACAGGUAGUGGGACUGAUAUUACCUCAAGACAGCUGAAGAAUGGUGGAAAUGGGGAUGAAGAUCCUCCGGCCGAAUUCUCAAGCUCAUCCAUAGCUCACUUAGAUGGUAGUGGCUUUGAUAUCGUAACACAAGAAGCUUCUCAUGAUGUUGGUGAGAAUGAGCCUGCCUCAGUACAAAUUUCAUCCAUCGGUGCCAGUACAGUGAAUGCAACAUCUGGUCUUAUCAAACAAGUAAAGGAAGAAUGUUUUUUAAACACCAAGGGAAGCAGUGUUCAAAUUAAGAAAGCUUUUGAAGAUGAUGAAAACUUCAAACUUGAGAGAGAGGAGGGUGAAUUGUCACCAAAUGUCGAUGAAGACAACAAUACUGGAGAGGAACUCUCAAAUAACCCAUAUGAAAGGAAACAGCAAAUUGGAGAGGCGGAAGGUGGGAAUGGAAAUGCUCAGAGGUCAUCACGAAACAGUGGGAGUGAAAACCAAAAUCGCUCUCAUGAAAACCCCAAUCAAAGAAAUCAUAGUAAUGUGAAUGAGAACAAGGGUGAGAGUGAAGGUGAAGUGGAAGGAAGGGAUAAUGACAUAUCACCCUCUCUAGAACAUGGAGUACAGACAGCCAAGCCUCUUGCAACAAAAAUCCUCCCUUUGGGAUUGCAUGAAGAGGGCUCACAAAUCUUUUAUGGAAAUGAUUCUUUCUAUGUGCUGUUCAGACUAUACCAGAUAUUGUAUGAAAGAAUUCAUAAGGCAAAAUUACAGUCUUCAUUGGCUGAAAACAGACGGAGAAUAUCAAGUGAUGGAAACCCGGAUCCAUUUUCCAGAUUUAUGAAUACCGUUUUGGGUCUGUUGGAUGGUUCAUAUGACAAUGCAAAAUUUGAGGACGAAUGCCGAGCUAUUGUUGGAUCUCAGUCAUAUGUUCUCUUCACCUUAGAUAAGCUGAUAUAUAAAAUAGUCAAGCAGCUUCAAACAAUUGCAACCGAGGAGAUGGAGAACAAACUGCUUCAGCUAUACACGUAUGAAAAAUCAAGAAAAUCUGCCGCAUCAUGUGAUAUUGUUUAUCACGAAAAUACGCGUAUUCUGUUUCCCAACGAGAACAUCUACAGAAUAGAAUGUUUAUCUGCUCCUACCCGUAUUUCCAUCCAGCUGAUAGACCCUGAGUAUGAUAAGCAUGAAGUAGCCGGUGGUGCUAUCGAACAAAACUUUGCUUCUUAUCAUUGUGGUUUCCUCUCAUCUGAUCCUGAAAAGCCCAAAUUCUUCCUGAAUAGAUAUAAGCGGAAGUUUGGAAAUGAAGAUGCAACUUCUUUUAAAACUAAGGCAAUGGAUGAACUUCAAGUAAUCAAUGGUCUUGAAUGCAAGAUAUCUUGCAAAACAUUGAAGGUGUCAUAUGUUUUGGGCACAGAAGACUAUCUUUUUCGGAAGAGAAAGAAGAGGAAAAUGGAAGAGCAGAGUAGUCAGCAAUCAACAGAGUGAAGGUUUGGUUGGAUCUUUAAAUAGGGAAUUAUAUAUGAGCAACAUAAUGUUUCACCCAAAAGAAGUUUUUAUUAUUAUUGUUUUUGGUAAUAGUUGUCCAUUGCCUGGAAUAGGAAGGCUAUUGCUCAGUUUUUUUAAUAGAUAGGAAGUAUUUCGUUUUGCCAUAGUCAAUAAGAAUGGAGUAAUUUUAGUAAUUACUCCGAAUAUAUCCUCAAAGAAUCAAAGGCACCAUGUACUCAAUGUUUGAGACGCUGUAAAUAGUAGUCUCUUGUGUAAAAACAAAAACUAUAAUCUGUAAUAUAUAUUCAAGUUCUUCAGUCUAGAUAUUUGAUUGAUUGUGUUCAUUUCAUCAUCUAUAUGUUCCUUUCUAAAUUUGGGCAAUUUGAGGCGAAUCGG